AUGGCGCUCGUGCCUGCAGCGACGCGCAGCCAUGCCGUGCGCGACCACGUCUGGGUGCACGUCGACAACAAGUCGUUCGCCGUGCAGCUCUUCACGACGACUGACGGGCCGCUCGGGGACACCGGCGCAGACCCAAGCACGAACCGCCUCUACGUCAUCACAACAAACAGCGUGCGGCGCCAGUUCGUCGACGACCGCGUCCAACUCGUUGGGGCCGAGUGGUUUCGCGACGCAUUCCGCGUCAUGAGCGACGCCAAGCCCACGGAUCUCGUUCGCAGCGUGACCCAGCGCCGCCUCAACGAAGAGCCGUGCAACGUCCAGUUGAUAGAGGCCCGCAUGAAUCUUCUCUAG